AACACUGUUUUGUUGAUAUCCGAAACGUCAAAAUUAUUGUUCUUCUGCUAGUUAUUUUCGGAUACUUGGCGAAUACAUUCAAAGACUUUUUACUUUCAAAACAAUGGCCGUUUGUAUCGGUUUCAUUGGAAAAGAGAAUUCACCGUUAUUUCUUCGGUGCAUAAAUCAAUCCCAAGAACUACAAUUUCAUUACAUAGUACAUACAUGCAUAGAUUUUGUUGAAGAAAAGAUCAUUCAAAGCAACAAAUCUGGAAGUGAUGUUCGAGAACUGUACCUUGGCCUUCUGUAUUCAAGCGAAGAAGUCAAAGCGUAUGGCUUUGUCACUAAUACCAAGAUCAAAAUUGUGAUUAUAAUUGACUCUACCAACUCCCUACUGAGAGACAAUGAAAUUCGAGCAAUUUUCAGGAAGCUGCACAAUGCCUAUACGGAGUUAGUUUGCAACCCAUUCUACACGCCAGGAGAUCCCAUCACCGCCAAGUCGUUCGGUGCACUUGUCGACGAGUUGUUGGCGUCAUCUAGUUAAGAUAUAAAUAAAUACUUUGCCACUGUA